AUGCGAGCCAAGCUCUGGUCGGUCCGAAUUGGGCGGCAGGAGGAUUCGCGGCGCGUCCGUGGGCGCCUAGAUCGGGGGUUCCAGCUGGCUCCCCCCGGCGCCAUGGCCGCUGACUCCAGCAUGGGGUUCCACCAGGGGAUCACGGCCGCCGCCUCGGUCUACAACCACCAUCACCACCACCACCACAACAACAACAUGUUCUCCUUCCAGUCGUCCAGCAGCGACGUCACCAUGGGUGGCGCCGGGAUGGGGCUCGUGAGCAUGAGCGGCGGGCCGAGCAGCACCGCAGGCCUGUACCACUCUUCUCCAAACAACCACAGCAGCAGCAACAGCAACAACAACGGCGGUGUGUUCGGCAACGUGCCGGUGGUUGUCCAGUCAAGGAGCUCGCCGGGGGGCGCGUCCCGUGGCGCCGGCGGCACCACCGCGUCCAAGUACAAGUUCGUCACCGGCUCGCCUUCUGAGUGGAGUGACCGCGAGCUGAAUAUACUCAACGAAGGGCUCACCAGAUAUGCUCGUGAACCUAAUAUCAUGAGGUACAUCAAGAUAGCGGCUAUGCUGCCCAACAGAACCAUCAGGGAUGUUGCAUUGCGAUGCUGGUGGGCUGCAGGUAAAGAUAGAAGGAAGAAACCAGAAGGUUUUUUUACAGGGAAAAAGAUGAGAGAUAUGAAGCCAAUGCAGGACAAAAUGUUUGCAUCUGCCCCGAUGUCUAAUUUUCACAUGGCGCCUACCAACAACUUAACCCCUUUCUCAAUAUCGAUGGAAAAUCCAAACCAGCAGUGUCAAGUUCCCAAGGAAGCUCCUGUUGUGGACAGUGCAACCCAGCAGCUCCUGGAGGAAAACAAUCAAUUGCUUAACCAGAUUGCUGCAAAUAUUGAAACAUUCAAGACGGGGGAGAACAUGGAUCUCUUUCUUCGGACAAAUAGCAACAUCAAAACAAUUUUAAGCAGAAUGAGCGAGACGCCUGGCAUCAUGGGUCAGAUGCCUCCUCUGCAAGAAUUAGCACAUGAAGACAAGCUUAAUUCACUUCUUCAAGUUGACAGAAUGCGCAGCACACACCUCACAUAUGAAGGAAGAGCCUCGAAGCUAAUGUGUGGCAUGCGCCGAAAGAAGAAGGGACAGAUAGACGGCUUCAGCUUCUUUCCCUCGGAUCCCCACCGGUGCUGCUAG